AUGCUGUCCCCGUGUUCACCAAAACCUAAAGCGCAACCGUCCAUCUCGAAGCUCGACACGACUUCCUGCUCCGGCUCCGAGACCUAUUCCAGUGCCGGUGGCGGCUCUAAGAAGGACUGCGCCUCAGAGGAAGAGAUGGAGGUCCUCCUCAGGGCCUCACAGUUCAAGGAAGGUGUUAAGGGAAUCGAGAGCCAUGACUACUUCUGGGAUCAUCCUACGAUACACGAUGGGUCCAUACCGGUGGGACCGAGUGGCCCCUUGGAUCCUCGAAAGCCCUCCUCAUAUAGCCCAUUCAUAGCUCAGUGGGUUAAAUGGAUUCUAACUAUCGUCGAGGGGGCCGUCAUAGGAAUAUGUCGUGGCGUCAUUCUAAUUGGUUCUCAUUGGUUACUAGUUGGCAAGACUGAUGCUAUGAUCCACUGGCUCAAGUCUGACAACCCUGGUUGCGCUAUGCUCAUCUGGAUAGCCAUCGGCGUACCACUCAUCUGCUUCAUCGGCUGGGGUGUCUCCUACAUGUCUCCUCUUGCGGGUGGUAGCGGCAUCCCAGAUGUGAAGGCUUAUCUCAAUGGCGUCAUGGUGCCCAAGCUGAUGAGGUUCUGGGGGAUAGUCUGGCGUAUCCUUGGUCAGAUCGUAGUGGUCGGCACUGGACACUAUGCAGGUAGCGAGGGCCCUAUGGCUCAUCUUGGUGCGAUCGUUGGUGCUGCGGUAGCACAAAUGCAUGCAAGGAACAAAUUCUAUUUGAAAGCGCUAUUACCGUUCUCAACACAGAAAGUUAAAGAUGAGUUUGUGUCGAUGGGCGCCGGCAUGGGUGUAGCGACAGCUUUCGAAGCUCCUAUUGGAGGUAUGCUGUUUACAAUAGAAGAAGCAUCAACAUACUGGCCACGAGAGCUGUACUGGAGAUGCUUCUUGGGCUGCAUCAUCGCUAGUUAUAUGACUCGGUUGACAGCGCAGUACUUUCAAUGUAAAGUGGAGGGUUCAUGUGUCAACCUUGCUGGUGGUAUGCAGUUCCCUAAUGCAGAUGGGAGUUACUUCCACGUUUGGGAGUUUGCUUGCUUCAUCCUUCUGGGUAUAUUCUUUGGCCUCAUGGGUGCUAUCUUUUGCCAGGGCGUGCGCUACUUCCAAUACUACAGACGGGUGUUCUUUCAUCUUUAUUCCAACGGUAAGGAUCGUCGAAGAUUUGGGCAAGUGGUCGAAGCCGGAUUGGUCAUGAUCAUCACUAUUCUAUUGGCUUAUGGUGUGUCCUGGUCGGAGAUGGGCGCGUGCAAACCACUGGAUGGUCAGAGUUACAUACCGAACGACGGCAUUCAGGCGGCUAUGUGUGAUGAAGGAGUCGAUAUGGGCUACUAUAACCCCUUUGCAGCUAUGCUCCUCACUGAUAGGGACACCUCAGUGAAGUGGCUAUUCUCACCUCGACUAGGCGAAGCGGAGUUCCCACAGGGACAGUUGGCGGCUGCUGGCUUCAUCAUAUUCUUCCUCACUCUACUAACAUAUGGUGUUGCCAUCCCUGCUGGCCUGUUUGUCCCCAAUAUCAUGUUGGGUGCCUGCUUUGGUCGACUCUUCCGUCUGUGGGUCGGCGACUGGGCCUCCNNNNGGUCCCGGUAUAAACCGCAGAGUAAGGUGCAAGUCGUUGGCCAACUCAAUGAUAGAGGCAAUACACGUUUUUUCCCAUGUUGGUAG